AUGUCUACCGUCAACAUCCCUUAUAUCAACUUUGAGCAAGCACAUGUCCAAGAUGCAGUGGAACGCUUAUACGAAUUCCAAAAAGAAACACCCAGAGAGUUACGAUUCAAAGACUAUACUUUAGAAAAUGGACAGAUCUGGACAAGUUGGAAUGUAAGGGAACAAGUUUACAAGAAAAAGAUGGAUACGUUCCCUACGAUGGCCCGAGGAUUCUUUACUAAACACACCGACGGUGGAUUUAAAGUCAUGGCCCGUGGCUAUGAUAAAUUCUUUAAUAUACUAGAAACGAAAAUCACACAGUGGCCAUUCAUUGAAUCGGAUACAGAAGGUCCUUAUGAAGUAACAGCAAAAGAGAACGGAUGCAUUAUUUUCAUUGCUGCAUUGUCUGAAGAAAAAGUGGUGAUUACUUCAAAACAUUCGAUUCCCGCUGUCAAAGAUGAUCCCAAGGCACAUGCAGGUGUAGGCUACAAUUGGGUAUUAAAACACUUGGCCUCAGUAGAAAAGAGCGAAAAGGACCUAGCAGAAUGGCUGUAUGAUAAAAACGUAACACUAGUAGCAGAACUAUGUGAUGAUGAGUUUGAAGAACACAUCUUGCCCUAUACAGAAAAAGAUCGAGGUUUAUAUCUUCAUGGUGUCAAUUACAAUACAAUUCAAUUGUAUACAUUGCCUAGUUCUACAGUACAACAAUUAGCACAAGAUUUUGGAUUUCACAAGACUGAUUUCAAGUUAUUUGACACAGUUGGCCAAGUUAGAGAAUUUGGAGAAGAAAUGCAGCAAACAGGUCUAUUUGAUGGUAGAGAAGUAGAAGGCGCUGUUGUUAGAUGCAAGAGAAAAGGCGCAGAUUUCAUGUUUAAGUUGAAGAAUGAACAAUACCUGAUCUAUAGAGAAUACCGCGAAGUCACCAAAGCACUUAUUGAAAAUCAUCAGGGCAUCAUACGCUUUGUGAAGCCCGAGAAGGAGUUAAAAAUUACGUAUGAAAAGACACGCCAUUAUAUUGACUGGCUUCGCAAGCGUAUUAUAGAUCAUCCAGAGUGGUUUCAAGACUAUAAAAUGCAGAAAGGCAUUAUAGAAGUCCGUCAAAAAUUCGAAAAAUACUGGGAAGCAGGCAUCUUGUAA